AUAAAUUUAAUGAAAAUUUGCUAUAUUUUAGAAUGUUUUUACCAACAAGAAACAAUAUUUCUAUAAAUUAAUUCUAUUCAAAUUAAUAUAAAGAGCGAUAACAGUGCACCAUAUUUGUUUCGAAAUUUUUUGGAAAGUGAGUGCUAGAUAUUGAUAAGAUAUAAUUAAAAAAUUGAUCGGAAAUUUAUGUUUACAAUUGCUAAGAUUUUGUGGCACCUACCAAAAAAAAUUUCAGUGGAUUCCUUAAGAAAUAGGUCUUCUUUUUUGACAUAUAUUCUCUGAAAUACUGUGAAUAAGUGUUUAGAAAAAAUGGAAAGUGACGGUGUAGAAGGUAUAUAUGAACUGCAAAGACCGGUAACAAAUGGCGGUGAAAAGUGCAACGAUAGCAUCAUUAGGCAAUCUCAAAGUUUUUCUGUAGUUCAUACUGCCGCUUUAAACUCUUUACACGAUUUAAACCCACUUGAAGAGGACGUUGAAAUUGCUGAUUUAAACGCUAAACUGGAAGAGACCACCGAGAUGCUUGAAGAAGAAGACGACGAAGAGCAUGACGAAGAAAAUGAAAUUAUUGAAGAACAUAUUCUAGAAGAGGUGGAGGAGGAAGAAGAUAUUAUGGGUGAGACAGAAAUACUGGAAGGUGAGGAAGUUGAUGACAUCGAAGCUGUCAUUCCCGACAGUAAUGAAGUAGAAGUAGAAAUAAAUAAAAAUAAAACGCCCGCACAAGUGCCCAAAAAACGUAAAAAUAACGAUAUCGAGGCUACGAUAAAAAAGAGAGAUCAAAAUGACUCGCCUGCAGAUAAUUCACAAGAUAACCUUGAUUGUGAACAACCUACCAGCAGCUCGAGAACUAAACAAACACAAGAUGAAGAAGUUGAUGAGAAUCAGUGCCGCGUUUGCACUACCAAAGAUGAUUUGGUGAGUCUCUUCAAGAAGAUAGAACAAUCAACAGUAGCGGAAAUGCUGAUGUCUAUUUGUCCUUCGGUCUCCAUAGCGAUGAAGGAUUUUUUGCCGCAGUAUAUAUGCAAUUCAUGUUUAGAUAACGUGGUAAUAGCAGUACUUUUAAAAAACCAAUGUGAAUCAAGUGAGAAAGAGUUUCGAAAAAAGCUGUCGCGUCACAAAAAUAAAAUACGCCGGCCUACUGGAUAUGUAACUAUCGACGGACCACUCGACUCGGAUCCAGCCUCUGAUGAGGAAUUGAAUAAUGAUGACGAAUUUAAAGUAUCUGAUGUGGCCAGUGCGACACCGGAUGAAGAUUCUUACGACACUGAUUCUAGUGAGGAGAAAAGGGCAAGAAUACGUAGUUCCAAUCCAAGACGUGGUAGACCUAAAACGAUAGUCAGUACACCUACUUUCGUUUCAAAAAACAGUAUUGAACAGAACAAAAAACCCAAUAUUCAACGAAAACGUUCCAGCGAAAACGAAUCCAGCGAUGAUGAAGAUAAUAAACAUAAACGUAAACGCAUCUCCGUGUCUGAUGAUUCACAAAGCGAACAAUUUCAAUGCGACGAAUGCGAGCAAGUGUUUACGCGGAAACUUUCCUUGGUCCUUCACAAGAAAACUCAUUCUGAACCUAUAGCAUGCCAAGUGUGUGGCAGACAAUUUAAAAUGAGAGGGGCUUAUCGCACACAUCUCGAAAAGCACAAAGAAGGAAAUAUGGGUCAUAAAUGUUAUAAAUGUAAACGCGUUGUAGCAAGCAGUGCGGAACUGAGGCGACACCUCCUGGAAGAACAUCAUGAUCGAGGUGAAGUUAUGCAUAAAGCUGUCACAAGUUAUCGUGUCCACCUCGAAAAUAAGAGGUCUCCGAACAGCACACCUCAAUGGCCGAAUUUUCAAGACUUUUAAAUGAAAAUUUUUACAAAAUAUAGUUUAAAUGUAGCUCUUUUAUAUUCUUAAAAGUUUGAAUAAAAUAACUCUUUUUAUUAUAUUUAAAACAAUAAAAAAGGAAAAAAAUAGUUUUCUUUUCUUCGAAACACAAGUAAACCUUUCAUGAAUAAUCCUUUGUCCGUCCUAUUAUCGAUCUGGUUUGUAUAAGUGAAACUUGGUUACGAACCGAAUUGUGAGUCGAAAUAAGUUUUAUGAGAUAAAAAAAUACUACUUGACGCGAUGUAAUAGACCGUGUAACUUCAGACGUGAUUGCGUUACCUAUAUUGAGAACAAAAGGUCUGAACUGUAAGGCCUUUUUAAACUCUAUUGAGGACAUCCUUUUUGAAUAUCCUCAUGCACUUAUAGAGAAUUUAGCUAAACAGAGUAAGAAAAGUGUACGUCGCCUUGGUUACUAAUCUACUAUAGAUGGCCUAAUGUUAUACCCAUUCAAAAGGAAAGCCAAAAUUAACGUGAUACGAAUUCUCUGCCACGUCUUUCACCGGUUUAUAGUUUGUCAAUGUUCUCAAUCUUGAAUCAAAAUCUUGAUUCAAAUGUAAUCUUAGAUUAAUAGAUUAAAGCCAUUUGAAUUUGGUGGUAAAGUGAAACUUUAAUCCUCGCUAUUCUUUUCGAUAUAUAUAGAAUAGAAAUCAAACUAAGUCUGAGAUAUGUCAUGUACCGCGAGUCGUCGUUUUUCAAUCCGCCUUUGGAGCAACCUACCAAAAGUGGGCUUUCCCGUAUCUAAUCUCUCCAUUUCCAAGUCGAACGUUCACAAACAUUAUUUCCUCACCCCCGUACAAUUCUUCCUGAUCACCACGUUGCUCGCACGUGUAAGGUAAAUCGUCUGAUUGGCUGGUUAUAGAAAAAAAAAAUCUCUGAAUUAGUUUCUAAAAAAAACAAACGUAAAUAGAAUAGGGUACCAGAGCUGUCUUUAAAAAUUGCAGAGUCCACUCUAUCAACUUAAUAAAGAUCAGAUCAGAAAUUUAAUAUAUGUUUGUAAGACUAUUCAAAGCCUAUGUCAUAUAUAAAAAAGUUCUUUUAAAUGGAUUUCUAGCUAAUCAAAAGUCGGUCUCCGACUGAUCGAUGUAAGGUUUGCAAAAGAACUUUUUGAAUUGCUUCACCUUUUAUUUCCUUAUGAUGUUGAAUAUAUUUUCCCAUAGAGAGACAUUAUUAUUAGUCUCGUUAGUCUAAGAGUAACGAUUUUCCCUGAUAUUAUUAUUAUUAACGUUAUUAUUAUUAUGAUUGACUUGCUACAAAAAUUAAG